AUGUCCUGCCGUAUGGAACCAUCACCGUCCCCUAUGCUGACGGCGGACCCGCUAGCCGUUGAAGCAGGCGGCAUUGACGUAGACAACGAGUCGGGCGCGCCGCUGUCAGCGGCGUCGCAGCAGCUGCUGCUCGACACGCUCUCGCGCCUCCAUGCGGACGACUCCGCGCAGCCUUCCGCUGCCGCCGCCGAAGGGGAUGACGUGGAGGAUGAUGAUUGGGCGGAAGAGGAUGGCGAUGUGGAAGAAGAGGUGCUGGACGCGCUCGAUUGGCUAGACCUGAGAGAAGAUCUCGCAUCGCGAGGCAACACUGGCGGCGGCGCGUUCGGCGGCGGUUUCUCCGCGGCGCGGCGGCCGAACGCCUUCGGGGGGCAGCUGAACCAGGCGCACGCGCAUGCCCGCGCAGCCGCGUCUGGGGGAGCGGGAGUGGGGGGCGCGGCGGGGGCGAUGCAGCCGCGGGUGAACAAGCAGCAGCGUCUGACGGCGCGAGUGAACGCCGCGCCCAUGCGGGAUUGGGGCGACAGCUGUCAGCUGAAUAUGGCGAAUGUGGUGAUGACAGCUGUGCGCGACACAAACAAGCGGCAGGAGCAGGGCCAGUCGAGGGUGAAGGAGAAGGCAGACCGUGCCACCGUGGAGCAGGUGCUGGACCCACGCACGCGCAUGGUGCUGUUCAAGAUGCUCAACCGCGGGGUCUUCUCCCAGAUCAACGGCUGCCUCUCCACCGGCAAGGAGGCGAACGUGUACCAUGCCACGGUGGACCGCCCCUCCGUGCUGCACAUGCCCGCUGCUCUGGGGAUUGGGGGGGGUAGGGAGGGGGCGGGCGUGCAGGAGGGGGGCGAGGGGCAGGCGGUGAAGGAGCUGGCAGUGAAGGUCUACAAGACGUCCAUCCUCGUCUUCAAGGACCGCGAGCGGUACGUGGCGGGGGACUACCGGUUCCGGCACGGGUACAGCAAGCACAACCCGCGCAAGAUGGUCAAGGUGUGGGCCGAGAAGGAGUUCCGCAACCUCAACCGGUUGCGGGCGGCAGGAGUGACGUGUCCCGUGCCCCUCAUGCUGCGCAUGCAUGUGCUCGUCAUGUCAUUCAUUGGCACGGAGGGGUGGGGGGCGCCUCGGCUGAAGGACGUGCAGUUGUCGGAGGGGCGGUGGCGGGAGUGCUACGAGCAGGUGGUGGUGGCCAUGUGGCGCAUGUAUCGCCUCUGCCGCCUCGUGCACGGCGACCUCAGUGAAUACAACCUGCUCUACCUGCAGGGGCGGGUGUGGGUGAUAGACGUGUCACAGUCGGUGGAUCUGGACCAUCCCAGGGCGCUCGACUUCCUCCGAGAGGACUGCCUGCACGUCACUGAUUUCUUCCGGCGCAAGGGCAUGGCGGUGCUGUCAGUGAGGGAGCUGUUUGACUUUGUCACGGACCCGGUCAUGAAGGAGAGCCUCGUCGAUGACUGCCUGCACAAGCUACAAGAGCGGGCAGCCAGCAGGCCCUUGGAGCCCACAGCACAGGAGGCCAUUGCUGAAGCCGUCUUCCUGCAGUCGUUCAUACCGCAGUCGUUGGAUCAGGUGAAGGACGCCGAGAAGGACAUUCGCCGCAUCGCCUCCGCCACCAAAGCAGCAGCGCAGCAGCAGGCAGCCACAUCCAGCACUACGCAACAGGCCGCGACACACGGAGAAAAAGCGGACGGUGCAGCAGCGGGUGCAGCAGGUGCUGGCAGCGGCGGCGAAGAAGCUGUGUCGUCGUCGAUGGCGCCCCCACUGGAGGGCAUCUUCUACCCGUCGCUGCUGGGGCUCAAGGCGGACCUGUCUGGCGUGCGCACCCUGCCCCACAUCCUGCAGACUCACGAGGAGCACGGUGGUGCCACGGCAGGGAGGAGCGUUGGUGAUGGGGGUCACGGGCAUGGGGAGCAGAGGGAGGAGAGGUCAGGGGCAGUGAGGGGCGGAGGGGACGGGAGUGGAGGGGAGGAGGGCGAAGAGAGUGCACGGGGUGGCGCGCCUGUGGUGCCGCGCGCGCAGCGUGGUGGGGCAGAGGGGAUAGAAGGCAGAGAGGAGCAGCAGAUCGAGGAGGGGAGUGAGGAGGGGAGUGAGGAGGGGAGUGAAGAGGGAAGUGACUUGUCAGAGGAUGAGGGAGGUGAGGAGGAGGGUGGUAGGCGGGGCAGGGGGGAGGCAAUGAGCAAGGAGGAGGUGCGGGCGGCACGCAAGGAGAACAAGAAGAAGGUGAAGGAGGAGAAGCGGGUGGCGCGACUGACCAAGGUGCCCAAAGCCACUAAGAAGAAAAAGCAGAAGGCAGCACAGAGCAAGAAGCGAUAG